GCCAAGAGGAACUACCUUCACCAUGCGUGUCAUCGUUGCGGUGCUCUUGGCUUCCCUGUGUGCCAGCGUCGCCCUCGCGGGCGAGGGCGUGGGGCUGGGCCCCGGCCUGCAACAGUGGGACUUCCUCGAGCUGCGGCCCGGCGCGCACAUGUUCUACUGGCUGUACAACACGCUGGCCAACGUGGCGGCGCCCGAGGACCGGCCCGUGGUGGUGUGGCUGCAGGGCGGCCCCGGUGCCUCCUCCACAGGCUACGGCAACUUCGAGGAGCUGGGCGUGCUCGACCUCAACCUCAACUACCGCAACAGCACUUGGGUGAACGAAGUGAACGUGGUUUUCGUGGACAACCCGGUGGGCACUGGCUACAGCUAUGUGGAGAAGACCAGCCUGAUCCCGCGCAGCAACGCCGAGGUCGCCGCGGACCUCGUCACCUUCACCAAACUCUUCCUCGAGAGAAACCCGCAUUUCGUCAAGACCCCGUUCUUUAUCUUCUCCGAGUCGUACGGAGGCAAGAUGGCGGCCGAGUACGCGCUGGAGCUGCAGAAGGCUGUGGAAAGGGGAGACUUCGAGGUGAACUUCCAAGGAGUGGCGCUGGGAGAUGGAUGGGUGUCCCCGAUCGACUCCGUGCUGACUUGGGCGCCAUUCCUCCUGCAGACUGUAAGUAGCCUCGUUGGCCAACUAGAGUGGAUUUAA